UCCUCUUAUUACAAAAUUGUCACACUAGGACAGCUGAUUACCCACUUUUGUCCAUCACAUAUCUAUAGUCAAGUUAUCCAUUAGAAAGACAAAGUGAUGAUUUAUUUUCAUCAGUGUUCCAAGUUUCCAAUCCAUUUGAUGAGUCUUGAUCUAACAAAAUUAUGGCGAGUACGUACAUGUGUUUCCGGUGAGAGUGAGUUGAUUUCGGUAAUGCAAGGAGACUUUAACUUGGCCUAGCUAUCAAAGUCGCUUCGUAAGUGGGGCAAAUACAGAAGAAUCUUUCACCAUUGUCGACUCUAUCUUUGAAUUUGUUUGGAUGGAUUUUUUUGUUGCUAAUUCAGUCUAUAUAUAUAUAUUCACCACAUGUUUAGUCUUAAGAUUAGUUUAGUUAAGUUUUGGAUUAAGUUAUUUAAAGGUUGUUUUGUUUGGUACAAAUCAACAUUACAGCUGUACUUUUCUGUUACAGCUUUGGUUAGUCUCAACUAACCAUUUCUUGAUUGUAUUGAGCUAUAUAAAGUUCUUUUCCCAUUUCUGUAAAAUCAGUUCAGUAAUAACAAUACAAAAGCUCUGAUUUUCAUAUGUUUUCUCUCUAUUCUUUCUCAUAUGGUAUAAGACGAACUCAGGCCCUCAGCUUCCAUGGCUCGGCCAGCCACUCGAUCCCAAGAUGGCACUGCACCAUCAUCGACAACAACACAGCAGAAGUCAAUUCCGACUCCAUGCCUGCUCCCCCUUCCUCAGCAAUUCCUCGUCGAAACCCUCCUGUUCGAGUUCAAUCUCAAAAUGCAGAUCAAGGUCUUCAUGACCAUUCCACCAUUGCUGAAGGCAACUCAACUCAGACUCUCCAAUCACGAUCGAUUGCUGAUGAUCAUUCCAGCCCGUUCUUCCUCAGCACCGGCGACCACCCAGGUCUGGUUCUUGUGACCACAGUCCUCACCAGAACCAACUACCAGCUGUGGAAACGAGGUAUCACAAUGGCAUUGACGACCAAGAACAAGAUCGCGUUCAUCAACAGAUCUCUUCCUCGUCACGAACCUGGUAACACAAAUCUAAACUCUUGGUUAAGGUGCAAUAAUAUGGUAAUGUCUUGGUUGAUUAAUUCUGUUUCACCUGAGAUUGCACAAAGCAUAAUGUACUUUGAUUUAGCUACUGAAAUGUGGAGUGAUCUUGCUGAGCGUUUCAAUGAAGGCAAUGGCCCUCGAAUUUUUCAAUUACAAACACAACUCACUCGGCUUCAGCAAGGUGACUGUUCUGUUUCUACCUAUUUUACGAAAUUGAAAUCCCUUUGGGAUGAGUUGAAAGAAUUUCAACCCAUAACCACUUGCACUUGUGGUGCAAUGAAAGUUUUUUUGGAUUCUUACAACCAAAAUCAAGUGCUUCAAUUCUUGACUGGUUUAAACGAAUCCUAUGCUUCGGUUCGUGCUCAAAUCUUGCUUAACGAACCUAUACCAAAUCUGUCCCGAGUGUUUGCAAUGAUUGUUCAAGAAGAACGUCAAAGAUCACUAGGAAAUUUUGAUUCUAUUACCUUGGCUGUUGCAUCUAGUUCUACCAAUCCCCCAAGAACCAAGAAACCUAGACCAUCUUGCUCCAAUUGUGGAAAACCCGGGCAUCUUGUUGACAAGUGCUACUUCCUCCAUGGAUUUCCUCCUGGUUAUGGGGACAAAAGAAAGCAAGACAAAGGCAAAGCCAAGGCCAAUGUUGCUACUGCCAACAACCAGAAAAAUGACAUUGAUAGCAGCUCGGGUCACAUUGAUCUAUCCUCUCAAUGCCAACAAUUAAUUUCUCUGUUAAGCCAGCCACUAAGCAACACAACCAAUGCAGAACCACCUGCAAUAGCCCCUGCUGCAUCAAAUCUGGCAGGAUCCUACUCUGAAUGUGGUGAUUGGGACAACUGAAAAAUGUGGCAAAUUGUUCUUGUUUCACUAAGAAAUUCUUACUACAGCAGCUAUUACUGCUCCUACUGUCACUACAGCAGCCACAACUGCUACUACAGUUUCAUUUUCUUUCAAUAAAAACAAUGUAAACCAAUGGCAUAAUCGCCUUGGACAUCCAUCGAUGUGUAUUUCAAGUUUUUUCAAUAAAGAACACAACAUUUCACAUCC